AUGGAUUCCCAGAAGUUCGCCCUACAUGAAGCUGCGAGAGAAGGCAGAGACCAGGUGGUCGAGUCGUUGCUCAACGCCAAUCCCAAGGCUGCCCUAGUCAAGGAUGAUGAUGACCGCCUUCCGAUUCAUUGGGCUACAGCCUACAAUCACGUCAGGGUUGUGGAGUUGUUGAUGGGCGCCAAAGGAUUCGACCCUGAUGUGGAAAAUGCUCUUCAUUUUGCUAGCUCCAAGUCUAACACCUCAACUGUCCGCACAUUGCUUGCCAAUAAGUGCAGUGCCAGAGUCAAGGACAAGCGCGGUCAACUCCCUCUCCACAGAGCGGCAGCAGUGGGAUCUGUUCCUAUCUUGAAGGCCCUUUUGGAAGAAGGCAAAAGUCCCGUCAACGCAACGGAUGGCGACGGAUUUACGGCUCUUCACCAUGCCAUCUCGGAGGGACACGGAGAUGCAGCAAUUCUGUUAUUGAAAUCUGGAGCUGAGCCUGAGAAGCGAGACAGUGAUGGGAAACUGGCAAUCGAGCUGGUCCCCGAUGAAAAAGUGAGGCAGUACAUUCUGCAGACCGCAGAGCGCGAAGGAAUCGACCUCCCUUGA